GCUCUGUAUGUUUGAGAUCGGAUUUUUGAAUUUUCUAAUCCGAUUUAAUUAAUCCAAUUAGAUCACUUUUAUAGUUAUAUAUGUUUCACACCAUAGAAGUGACAAGAGUAAAAUAAGACUAAGAAAUAUAGAAAACUCCAAGAGCCCGUUUGGAGACCUCUUUUUUCAGCUUAUCAGGCUUAUCAGCCAGCUUUUUCACCAAACACGUAACUUUUACUUUUGUGUGCUGAAUUGUGUAAUAAGCAGAAAAAGUAAGGUUGGAGUUACUUUUCUGGCUGUAUUGGCUGAAGUUACUGUAGAGGACUAUUUUAGCUAUUUUUACAUGUAAUUUUUUCUAUAAUUUAUUGAUAAAAUAUAUUUCUAAAAUAUUUUUUUCUUGAAUCAGCACAAUCAGCCAAAACAGCCACUUCAGCCAGAAUUUCAUAAAUUUCAGCAGAAUCAGCCAAAACAGCCGAUUUUCGUGCUACCAAACGGGCUCCAAGUCCUAACCGUAAAACCCGUAAAACCCGUGAACCACAGCUAUAACCGCUAGUCUCUGCUUUGAAGCCUAAAAAUUCUCAAAUCGAAAUUCUUCAACGACAAUGGCAGCAAUCGCACGAUGCAAGCUCCUAUCUGUUAUUAUCAAUCAUCCUCUUCAUAUCCGCCAUUUUGCAACCUCGACUGGGAACAUUUCCAAAGCGGCGCUCCUCCGAUUCCUCCGAAUCGAGACUAACCCGGAACGCAUCCUCAAGGUAUGGCGAGCCGCCGCGCUAGCUCCUAGGUCUCAAAUGGACCGACUCGCCUACUCCACGGCGAUCUUAAACCUCCGCAACUCCAAUCACUUUGGGGCAAUCCGUGAGAUCCUUGAGGAAUAUCAGUCCCGACCCGAUUUGAGACCCGAAAAGUACAUUUCCCACUUUAUCCUUCUCUAUGGGGAAGCCGGCAUGCUCGAUGACGCCAUGAAGACCUUUGAGAAAAUGGAGGAGAUGGGGAUCAAACGAUCGGCGAAAUCACUCAACUCUCUCCUGUUUGCUUGCCUUGAAACUAGGAAUUUCGAAGAAAUGAAAAGAGUUUUUUUUGAAUUCCCUAAAAAAAUACAGGAUUGCCCCCAACCUAGAUACUUAUGAUACAAUGAUUAAGGUGCUAAGCGAGUCGGGUUGUACUAGCUCAGUUUAUCCAAUAUUGGAUGAGAUGAUUAAGAAUAAACUCUGGCCAAAAGGCACAACUUUUCGAUAUUGUCUUGUAGGUUUUCUCAAGGAGGAGAAGGAUACGGAUAUUCGGAAAGUUUGGGAUAUCAUGAGUCGACAUUUUGCUUCACCGGGCACUGUUGAUUUAUAUGUCUCUAUGAUUGAUUUUUAUUUUAAGUUCAAGAAGCCAGAGGAGGCAAAGGCAUUGUUUGAUGAGAUUUUGUCCACGGAUUUGAAGCCGAAUGCUUAUUCCCAUUUGAUCCAUGUGGUCUGUGAGGAAGGUGAUAUGGAAGCGGCGAAGAGUGUGUUUGAAAAGAUGGUUAGCAGUUAUAUCAAUUCAAAGAAUCGGCUCUUUUCCCUUAUAUCCGAUGGGGGAGAUAGGGAGGACACAGCUAAAAUUACUUAUGAGUGUAUGGAAAAGAUUUGGGUUCCUAAUUUCUUGACUAUGAAGAUGCUCGUGGAUGGGCUUGUAAGUAUUUCAAAGGUUAGGGAGGCCAAUGAAAUCAUUGCACAUUUGAAGAGGAUGUUUCCUAGAAAUGCCGACAAGUGGAUUGAGAUUGGAGAAGGACUACCCAAGAAGUACUAUGAUGAGAUAAAGCCCUGGGAUUUGAUGCCGAAUUGGUUUUCUUAUGCCGAUAUAACCUACCCUACUUUAUUUAGGAAUAAGACUGCUUAAAUCCAACCCCUUUACCCGUGUGAGAACCUUUGCGGCACUGAGGUAAUGAUGAUGAAGCUCAUUUAAUCCAUCGUUUUGUAAGGUAGGUGAUAUGGAAGAGGCGAAGAGUAUGUUUAAAACGGUGGUUAGCAGUUAUAUCAAGGAAAUCGUUUCUAGGAAAUCAUUUCUGUAUAAUUUUUGUCUUCGAGUUAUUGUGAAGUGGGGAUUCUCACCCUAUAAAUGAAAGGCAAAUAAUUAGGGGCUGAUCGCGGUAUAUGCCAAAUUCCCAACAACCAAGAGACUAAAAAUGUUUUUUAUUGUACAAUAAUUGAAUGGCAAAAUUAU